AUGAUUCUUGCCUCGUGCAAUGGCCUUCUCCUCUUGCGCAUUAUUGAUUCUAGCACUGAAGGCAUUGUUGUAGCCAAUCCAGCAAUUAAGAAAUGGCACAUGCUCCCCAAACCCUUAGCUGGACCGGAAGGUCCAUAUUGGGACUGCCUUUAUAGUAUUGUCUUUGAUGCAUCUUCCAAGUUGUACAAGGUGGUGCACUUGCUUCUAGAUCUUGCGGGUAAGCUCAUAUGUGAGGUAAUCACCUUUGGAUCGCCAAAUCAGUCUUGGAGGCGAGUCAAUGUUCCUCUGCCUAUGCGUCCUGGUGCGAUCAUUGAUCACAAAUAUAAUCCAUUUAGAAUUGGUCAAAUCUUAUUCUGGGUCGAUGGGCAUUCCAGUAUGUAUCCUUUUAAUGGUGUAUUCAAUCCUUCAAAGCAUCAUAUCAUGUCCAUGGAUGUGGUGAAAGAGGAGUUUCGAAGAAUAAAACCCCCAAAUUUUACCACGCAGAUUUGUUGCCUCCUCGAUUGGGGAGGAAAAUUAGCCUUGUUCAACUUUGAUAGGAUUAAGAUUGAUGCUUGGGUUUUACAAGAUUAUGAAGGGCAAGUGUGGAUGAAGAAACACUCUAUAAGUAAUAAGAGGCUUCUGAGGUAUUUUUGGACCCAUGGGUGGAAAAUAGGCUUUAUGCUGACUGCUUCUCUGCAUGAUGGCAAGGUACUGAUUUUCAAUUCUAGGAACAAAAUAUAUCAGUAUGACAUUGAAUAUGACUUAUUUGCUCAGUCUUGUAUGGCCAUAAAAGUGACGUCUAUGUUCUGUAAUAAUAAGAGGAUCUACUAUCCUGUCUAUAGUAUUUAUCUUGGGAAUAUGUUUUUCAAUAGAGAUGUGGCUGUCAGGAUUAGAACAGUUCUUUCAAUUGGGAAGCAAUUUUUCAGUGCAGGAGCUAAGCAAUUAGGUAGUUAA